CCCCCCACACUCCACCUGGGGUUCUGCUCCCAAGCCGCCGCUUUUCGCAACCUUCAACUCGUUGGAUGACUUCUCUCCAGGAGUUCAAUUCAAGCUUGACAAAAUGAACAAGGGAAGAACUGGAUAACCUGAGAAUGUAUGCACUGUUGUGUCUCGGGAGCAGCUUCAGGAAGGUCAUGACCACCAGUAAUAACUUGCCUCUCUGUUUUCCAUAUGCUCCAGGACUGGUCCUGAAAAAGGAAAGGUGUCUCUUGAGAAGGAAGGGUAAUUAUAGACUAGCUGCCAAUUUUUCUACACUGGCCAGUCACAGCUAUACAAAUUUCAUUCAGGCUACCAUGGGGGGCUCAAAGCUUAAAAACCAUAACUUUACGUCCCCUAGGAGACAAUCAUUAAGGCUUAAGGCACUCAGUGCCAUUUAUGAAGCAGAAGUUGUCAAUAUUGCAAAUUUACGUACAAAGCAUCAGCAGCAAUUUAAUGGAGGAAACUGUUCUACUGUAGCCAAGCGAAUCAAAGUUGAGGUGCUUGAGCCUGAAGAAGGUAACUGUACUUCCAAAUCAAAUGAACAUGUUAAUGAUCCCACUGAGUGCAGCUAUCCUGAGAAACAUAUUUAUGAAGAAACUAAUACCGACCAUGAUGACCAAAGCCUUAGUGACUUGACUUUGAAGGACUUGCGAGCAAGCUGCAAAGCUAAGAAGAAGAAGGUCCUGAAAUCUGUUGCUUCUGCAGAAGUUGGUCUUAGGAACUACUCACAUGUUGAUCCAUCUCAAAAGUGGAAGCAUGAACAUGAGAAACCAAAAGAAGAGAAGCCUGACCUUGAGGAACCGCUUGUUACUUUGAAACUUUCAAAAAAGUCCACUGCAGAUAGAAACCAAAGGAAGCAUGCAGGAUUAUCCCCAGUCUCUUUGGGUUCUAUUGAAGCGGUGACUGCAAAGACAUGUUCCCUAUCUUCUAAUGACAUGCAUGGUUCAAUGCCUGUGGCACAAAUGAAGGCAUCAAUAGCAGAUAGGCCUUCAGAGGACAGUGCUGCAGAUCUACAUGACUUAAAAAGUGAGGCAGAGACUGUUGAAGAGGACUUUGGAGGUAGCGCGAAGGAAAACUUUAUUGAAGUAGACCAUUCUCUCCUGUCAUCAACAACUUAUGCUGGCAGUUCAGAAUUGGUUUGUCAUUUCAAAACUGAGAUCAUGGAACCUUGUUCUUUGGAUGGGGAAAACACAGUAAAUAUAGCUACUAAUUCUACUUUGGACAUUAUUAGUUCUGGUAAUUCUCUUGACGAUUCAUCUGCUGAGCUGCUUCAGAAAGUUAGUGAAGGAUUAAAUAAUUGUUUCCCAUCAUCAUCACCUGAUUUAAAGAGGACUCUUCAUGUUGAUAGCCCUGAAUUGGUUUAUACCAUUAAAAGGGAGAUCUUGGAAAAUGAUUCCCCGCUGCAUCAGAAUCCUGUUUAUGUUGCUGCUUCCUCUACUGUGGAUUUCAUUGCAAAAUUUAAUUAUUCUGAAAAGUUAUCUACUGAACCAUUUGGAAGACAUGAAGAUGUCUUGGAGAAUGGAGGAUCAAAUUCUUCCAGUAAUACAUCAACAAACUGUUGCCUUAAUGAGGUCUCUACUGAAUAUAUAGAACCUGAUCAGUGCUCUCUAUCAGAAAAUGAAGAACAUGCUAAUGAAAUCAGGAAGAUGGACCUUUCAGAAAUGUCCAACCGGAAACUUCGUCUUUCCUUAGUCUCUAUACACAAAGCAGUUCCCUUCGAUCUCUGCAGCUCUGGACCAGCCUCUAUGACCAUAGAUCCUGGUGCUGAUAUCCCUUCAGCUAGCAGCCAUAGCUACAGAAGCAUGGAUAUCAAAGUUGCAGAGGCUUGUGCUUCUGUGUGGGGACAUGAAGAUUCUCGAAGUUUAGCUCAUUAUUUACCUGUACAACAGAUGCCAAUAUGUAGUCAUAUAGAACAUGCGACCAAUGCUUGUAGCCUCCUAUGCAAGGAACAUGAUUUGGAAUUAAUCUUUAAUACUGCUACAGAAGGUGAAUGCUCUAAUAAUUCAGCUUAUCAUCCGAUUGCUGCAGAUGAACGUAGCCUCCUUUGCAGGGAACAUGAUUUGGAUGAAAUCUUUAAUACUGGUCUAGAAGGUGAAUGCCUUCAUAAUACAUCUCAUCAUUCAGUUGCUGGAGAUGAACAAAUAAACAGUAAUGAUAAUGAAAGUAUUAGCACUCAUCUAGAAGAGUUCUCCGAAGCAUAUAAUCUCUAUUCCCCAAAACCUUCCCAUACAUGCUGUGGUGCUCUUGCUGAAAGCUCGUGUAAGACUGAGGAGUUGUCCUCCAAAGAGGGAGGUCGUGCAGAGGAAGUAACAUCUUAUUCUGUUGAAAUAUCUGGUGUGAAUGACCCAGAGGGACUCACUAGAGCACCUGAUUCCCGGUCUCCUAAAAUUUCCCCAACAUGCUUCAGUACUCUCAGUGGCUUGCAUUGUGCUGACAGUUUAUCAAAGGUUGCAGGAGAAUUUUCAUCUUUUGGUGUGGAGGGAAAGUUGCAUGCUGCUAAAGACCAACCAGCUUCUUCUGAAAUCUCCCAGUUAGUCGAUGCAAAGGGACAAAACAUGGAAAAAGAGCACAAACACGAUAAAGGGUUGUUGGUAGCUCAUUCUCCGCAAAGGCUACUAUCGAACAGAAAGACCAUUUCUCCAACUUCUCAGGAAAAGCUUUGGCAGGCUCUGAGUGACAUUGAUUUAUAUGGUGCCAGUCAACUCCCCAAGAAUAGGAAGAAGCUUUGGUCGGAGACAUGGACUAAAACGAAGACUCCAUCAUCAUUAUCAGGUCAGAAGGAAGCUGAAGCAUUGCUAGCCCCUGAGCAAAUGAGCAAGAAACCAAAGAACCACAGUAAUGCUUCCCUUCUUUCAGUUAACAAAGGAAUUCUCAAGUCGCCAGAUGCUUCCUGUAGGUCACCUUGUUUUUGCAUGAAGAAUUCAACAUUUCACGAACAAACUGAGAAGGCUGUUGAAUUCUCACAACGACAGAUGCAUGAUAUAGAAAACAUUGCAAUGAAACUUCUGAAGGGGUUGAAGUCCAUGAAAAACAUUGUGGAAGAAACUCUUUGUUCAGAAUCAUGUUCCUCCCUACCUUCAAAAUUUACUGCUGACGAGAUCAGGGCAGCUGUUGAGAAUGCAUCCAAACUUGAAAAGAUCACAAGGAGGUGGCUAUCUAUGAUGACAAAGGAUUGCAAUCGUUUUUGUAAAAUAAUGAGAUUAGCUGAGAACAAAGAAACUACUCCUGUUAAUGGUGUUUCUAAGAAACGGAAGAAGAUUACUUUUGCUGAUGAAGCUGGUGGUGUUCUCUGCCAGGUGAAAGAUUUCAGACAACAGCCAGCACCUGUUGUUGUACGUGAAACUGGGAAGGAUGAUAUGAGCCAUGUACUGUUGUAGAAUAGCAGUAGGCUGCUAUAGGCAACGAGUCCAAGCAUCUCAAAAGCUGGUAAUUUUUGUUGGCAUGCUCAAAUCUCACAGGCGGUAGGCAACAAUGGCCACUUCUUGGACAAUUGCUGCCAUGACAGAUGCUUGUGUCUUCUAUCUUGUGGCAGAAAGACUGUGGCUGGAGGAUAUUUCAUACUUUAUCCUUGCAAAGUCUGCCUCUGAAGUAGGUCUUGGAUUGAGGUGCAAUGGAUGUUUGAAGCUGUUUCUUAACUGAUAUUUGUUGCCUGCUGAAGCAUUAUCCUAUCGGACACCACUGGUGAGGUGGAAUUUAAGAAACCUAGUUUUAUGCUGAGCUAUACGUAUAUGUGCGGUAGAAGGCUUGCCACAGUAACUAUGGUAGGGAAAGAUUAAAAAAAUCAUUUGCUUAUCUGGAUGACAUUGGUCUCAGUUGGUGAUGUUAUCUUAUGAUUAAAAUAAUGUUAGUUUUAUAUUUAUUCCAUCAUUUCAAUA